CUCAGCGGGGCCGGGGCAGAGCGGGCACCGGGCGGCCGGGGCCGGGGCCGGAGACGGAGCCGGAGCGGGGCCGCGCUGGGCAGAGCCGGGCCGGGCCGGGCCGGGCCGGGACCGCGGCGAUGAACUUCGCGGUGGGGCUGAAGCCGCUGCUGGCGGAGGCGCGGAACAUGGAGAGCCUGGAGAAGCAGCUCAUCUGCCCCAUCUGCCUGGAGAUGUUCACCAAGCCCGUGGUCAUCCUGCCCUGCCAGCACAACCUCUGCCGAAAGUGUGCCAACGACGUCUUCCAGGCCUCCAACCCGCUGUGGCAGUCGCGGGGCUCCAGCGCGGUGCCGUCGGGCGGCCGGUUCCGGUGCCCGUCGUGCCGCCACGAGGUGGUGCUGGACCGGCACGGGGUGUACGGGCUGCAGCGGAACCUGCUGGUGGAGAACAUCAUCGACAUCUACAAGCAGGAGUCGGCCAGGCCCCUGCACGCCAAGGCCGAGCAGCACCUCAUGUGCGAGGAGCACGAGGACGAGCGGAUCAACAUCUACUGCCUGCGCUGCGAGGCGCCCACCUGCUCCCUCUGCAAGGUCUUCGGGGCGCACAAGGACUGCGAGGUUGCGCCGCUGCCCGCCGUCUACCAGCGCCAGAAGAGCGAGCUCAGCGACGGCAUUGCCAUGCUGGUGGCAGGGAACGACCGGAUCCAGGCCAUCAUCACCCAGAUGGAGGAGAUCUGCCGCACCAUCGAGGAUAACGGCCGGCGGCAGAAGCAGCACCUGGGGCUGCGCUUCGACUCGCUGUACAGCAUCCUGGAGGAGCGGAAGAAGGAGCUGCUGCAGAGCAUCGCGCGGGAGCAGGAGGCGAAGGUGCAGCGCGUGCGGGGCCUCAUCCGCCAGUACGGCGACCACCUGGAGGCCUCCUCCAAGCUGGUGGAGUCGGCCAUCCAGGCCAUGGAGGAGCCCCAGAUGGCCGUGUACCUGCAGCACUCCAAGGAGCUCCUGAAAAAGAUCACAGACAUGUCCAAGGUGUCGAUGAGCAGCCGCCCGGAGCCCGGCUACGAGAACAUGGACCACUUCUCCAUCAAUGUGGACUAUGUGGCGGAGAUGCUGAGGACCAUUGAGUUCCAAACAGAGCCCCUGGGCGAGGAUGAGGCAGAUGGACCUGGGGACGGCAGCGAGGCCGCUGCAGAUGAGGACCGGCUGGACAGCCUGGAGGCACCCGAGGCCACAGAGGAUGUGGGGCCGAGGCAGAAGCCAGCGAGCUCUCCCCAUGGCCAGCACUGAGCUGGUGCCACGGGGCAGCAUCGGCACCCGCCAGCUCAUCACUGUCCCUGGCACCCCUCGGUGAGCUCCGGCCCUGCUGCUGUAGUUCCACAAAUGCUGGAGUUGCUCCACUCUGACAUUAAACCGUGUGUGAGGA